AUGACAAAACACAGCAAGAACAAUACGGCAUCAUCCAUAUUCUCAUACGCCGAAUACAAAAAGCUUGACUAUGGCACUAAACGGCAAAGGCUAGGAAAUGAAUCUAUGCGACGUUUCGACUGCUGCGCCUUGUGUCUUCAACGAGCCCGCGAGCCUGUAGCAUGCCAGGAGGGCCAUCUCUUCUGCAAAGAAUGCGUUUACACCGACCUUCUCUCGCAAAAGAAGGACAUCAAGAGGCAGAAAGACAAAUUGGAUGCAUUGAGGAAAGAGGCCGAAGAGCAAAAACUGCGCGCCAGAGAGGCAGCUCGUGAACGUGUGUUGCAAGACUUCGAACGCGGGCAAUUAGGGCUCGGAGCUCGCAACGAAGUACACACUCAAGGGAAGGAUGAAGGUGAAAUUGCUGCCCGCUUAUGGUGUGCAGGAGGAACGAAACGCAAACUCCCUUUCGAAUUUGAUGCGACCAAGGUCGAGUCGCUGGCGCGAGAAGCAGAGGAAGCCGCUCUUAAGCAAUUAGAGAAGGAACAGGCUGAAUCACUUCGCGCGAAACUCCCUGACUUUUGGCUGCCGUCGCUGACACCCACGUACACGUCUGCGGGCCCCCCCUCUUCUUUCCAAGAUCUUAAGGUUCAAACCACGUGCCGUGGGGGCAACCCUCCGCACUCCAUAGCCCUGAAGAAUCUUUUCCCGGUCAAGUUCUCAUACCCGUCGUCCGGUGUCGGGAAAACGACUCCCUUGGAGGACGGGGAAACGGCGGAGCUUACGAAGGCUGCGGCCUCGAAGCAGGAUGACGAGAUGCCUUUUUGUCUAUCUUGCAAGAAGACGCUGUCUAACAACAUCAUCCUCUACGUCAUGAAACCUUGCGGGCACGUUGUAUGCAGAACGUGCACUGAUACGCUUGUCAAACCCAACGCACAGUGUACUGUAUGCGAUAUACCCAUCAAAGCCAGCGAUAUCGUUGAGUUAAGACGAGAGGGCACUGGGUACGCCGGCGGCGGUCUGGCGGAGACUUCCAAAGCUGGUGUCGCGUUCCAAGGUUAA